AACGUGAACUUCCAACUCCCCUCCACGGUUCACCAACGAUAGUUACCCAGAACAUCGCUCUUUGCCCUUCUACACGCUUGAUUGAUCUUACUCACUUGAAGUCUCGCAUAGAAUGGAGCGCGUUCACUUCCAGCGCGAGCAGAUGCUCGAUGAGCUGAAGGAUCUGACCGAGAAGGGGAUCUUCACCAAGGAAGAAGUACAUAAGAUUCUGCAGACCAGGACGGAAUACGAGUCCAUGCUGAUUCGUCGGAACGCGCGAAAGGCAGACUUCCUGCGCUACGUACGGUAUGAGAUGGGCGUUGAGGCGUUGCGCGUGAAGCGCGUAAAGGCGCUAGAGCUCGAAGGCCCACACACGGUCUCGGACCACAGCAUCACACAACGCCAGUACGCCAUCUUCGAGCGCGCGGUCAAAAAGUGGAAGGACGACCUCGGUCUCUGGAUCGAGUACAUCAACGUAUUGCGACGAAACGGCGCUAGGACGAAGGUCGCAGGUGUAUGUGCCAGAGCCCUUGCCAUGCACCCAACCUCCUCUACCCUCUACAUCCUCUGCGCCAAGCACGAGCUCGAAAGCAACCACAGCAUUGACAGCGCGCGCAAGAUGCUCCAGCGCGGUCUGCGCAUGUGCGCCGAGGGCGGGAAGACGCCCCUGCACUCGCGCGCCGCGAAGGAGGAGGUCGAGCUAUGGAAGGAGUAUGUGCGCCUAGAGUUGGGCUUCGUGGAGAGCAUGCGGCGGCGAUGGGAGGUGCUGGGGAUCGAUCUGCAUGAGGAAGGUGGGGAGGGGAAGGGGAAGGGGAAGUCGGACGCGCAGUUCGAGCAGAGGGAGGCGCAGAGGGAGAUUGUGCUGAGGGGCGCCAUUGUGCGGGAGGUGAUCUCGCAAGCGACGAGUUCUGUCCCCCAUAGCGACCUCUACACCGCACUUCACGAUGUCAUUUCCUCCUAUCCCAUCACCCCGAUCCCCAACAAGAACGGCGAGACAAAGGACGACCCGCUCAAGCCCACCCUUCUCGACCACCUCUUUUCCUGCGCGGCGACUAGCGACGACAGCGUUGCCUUCAUCGCUUCUUCGAUCGUGCGUCCCAACCUGAAGGGCGUCGAGCUCGUCGACAAGUUGCACGAGGCGUGGAGUCGGGCAUACUGGUCAGGCAAGCAUGAUGAGGCGCGGAGGAGACAGUGGGCGAAGUGGGUGGAGGGGUGGAUGCAGGAGAGGGAACAGGAGGAAGUUGAGCUGGAAGACACGCUGAGGAGAUGGUUACAGGCUACGGCGCAGUGUAGAAUAGUUGCAUAAUGUCUGGAGACAUUACUGUUGUCUGUACUUGCUAUACUCGUGGUUUUCUGUACGACUGCAAGCCUUUGCAACCAGUCCUGGGC